GUGUACUAUGAAGAGAUACAAAGAAUACGAUUAUUGGUCUUUGUAAAUCAGUGAUUAAAAUUGUUCAAAUAUUACUCCGAGGAAAGCAACAUGUUUGCAGCUACUUUUCAAUAAUAAGGAAUCAUAUCAUUUGUCUAACUUGAAACCGACAUCUUAUAUCAUCUCUCGUACUGUCAUUUGUUGUAAAACAUCAUCUGUAUUGACUUUUUUUUGCUAAUUGGCUUGGAGAUGGACGGAUCACUUUUGUAAUCAUCCGAAUGACCAUCCUAGCUACGGAAUAGGAUACACAUCCGAAAAAUGUCCGGACACAAUCCACCGCACGGACGACUAGGUCAGCCGAAUUCUACAUGGAAUCCGCUACAGGUGCCCUCGUACAUUCCCAGGCAACCGCAACUUGCGCACAUGUCCAGCGAGCGAUCUCUAGCUAGAUCGCCCCUCACAUGGCAUACCCCACCAACUCACCAGGAUCAGCUGUACAGUUUUAUGACUGCAAAUCACAAGAAUAAUUUGGACAUUAAUCCCAUGCUCCCGAGUUUUGGGCGCGGCUCUGGUGUGCCAUUAGGAUCGGUAGAUCUGUCUCUAUCGUCCGCAUCUCGAAGCACACCGUCUCCGAAAGGAAACAGUUUGCAGUCAGGACCACCAUCCAGUUCCCAGCAGCAGCAGCAGCACCAUUCUGCAUCACUGCCACAAAACAUUCCACCAGUCCUAGGUGGUCCUUCAAUGCCAGACCAGAAUGAUCACUUUCAUCCCAAAAUGAUUGUCGGUCAUGGGCCACAGCAACAGCAGCAUCACAUGAAUACGAAUCACAAUCGUUCCCCCUCAUCGAGCCAAAUGGGUAGCGUAAUACAAUCGACUGCAGCUCUCAAGGAUCGUUCCGGGCACAAUAUGAUGGGUACCAGCACCGGAACUGGCAAUAUACCUCCGUCUUGCAGUUUUCUUGGCAGCAGUGGCACCAACAGUCUAGGUUUAGGGUCUGGUAGUGCCGGUGGUAAUGGCUACUAUAACAUGUUGAGCAGCAACAGCAGCAGCGGUAGCGGAGCUAACAACAAUAUGGUUGGCGGUGGUGUUGGUAGCAGUAAUAGUAUUAGCAACAGGCCACUGGUUGGCCACGUCGGUGGUGGGGCAGCAUUGUCGACUGUUGCGAUGGGAGUAGUAAGCGAAUUUGCGGCGAUGAUCCCCGGUGGAUUGCAUAUCAAGGAUGCCAAACAAAUUAAUAACGAAACUAGCGGACGAAAUGGACGGGACAUUAUCUCAACCAACACCGACUCUUCCGAUCUGGUCAAAGAUAUUCUCAUGCAUGCAAUGCAAAGUAAUCAAGGAGCAGUAUCGCCUAAACAUGAAUCGCCGAUGCGAGUAGCUGUUCCUCCCUUUGAAAGCCCCAAGGAAAACCGUCGUAGUUCACCUGUAAUAAAUACGGCAGAACAAUCAUCUGUUACCACAAGUACGAACAAAUCCUUCUCGCUGAUUUCUGGACAAGUGCCAUCGACCCCGGAAGCUGUUGAUGUUAGAGGAAGCAAGGAUAGCUCUCCACAGCUCACGGCCACUGCACAGCACAUGGGAGUUGCCAAUCGUGAUCGUGCAUCUCCGAAUCAAAGCAUCACAUCGAAUGAAGAUUCAGCUGAUUCCAACUCAAGCAAAUCACGCAGACGACGAAAGCCAGACCGAACUAACAAAAUGGAUUCAAGCGAACUGGAACGGAUGCAUGAAUUUCUUGGAGGAGGUGCUAAUAGCGUUGAUAAAUGCGAUCGAAUCGAUGGAAUCGAUCCAAUGAGGCCUAAUAUUGCUGUUCGUAAUGACAUUGCCACCCUUGCACUAGAGGGAAUAAGCAGUCUCAGCCAGGGACUUGCCAGUGAUAGUAGUCAUAGUCCGCACAUUACAGAUCUGUCCGACAGCACCCGAAUUAACCUGCAUACUUUGAAUGAAAGCAAUAGUAAUCUCCAUGAUGAUGCAGCCAAUAAACCAAACCCUGCCGUAAGCUCAGCCAUCUCCAGUGUGUUAUCUGCGGCCGCGGCCGUAAUUGAAUCUGCUGCAGCUAGGAAGGAUAGUGAGUCGACUUCGGAUGAUUGUGAAACUAUCGAUAAAAUCGCUGCGAUGAUUUCAAGCACUGAAAUGGAUUCUACUCCCGCUCAAUCAACGAUCGAUCUACCCCUUGCAGAACCCACGGCUAAGGAACAACAGAAAGACGACAACAAAGCUCGGAACAGCCUAAAUGGUCCAUCCAAUGAACUGAGUCCUGCUGAGGGUUCCUUAGUAGCAGCACCCUCUGGCAAGAAAACGGAAUCGCACAAAAAUAAUGCAGAUGAAAGUUACGAAGAGAUUGAAAAUAAACUGGAAGAAAUGUUUGCCGGAAUUGAGGAAACUCUACCAUCGUGUUCUAAGCUAUCGCCAUUGGUUGCAACAAAGAGGGCCACAUCGCCCGAAAAGCCGCCUUGCGAGCCUACUGAUAUUAUCGUUCAAUUAUCGGAAAAACCUGACGACCUAGAAAAAACAGCUGCAACAAACUCGUCGAUUGAUGACGAAAAAGAGGCAUCGCCUAGUACCAGUGCAACGCAAAAAAAGGUUCCAACGCCUGCAUCGAAAAGAGCUAGUACUAGUAAACCUACGGGAGCUCCUCCCAAUAAGCGUAAAAAAGUAUUAAAAAAGAAACCAGCCCACUCUAAAGCAGCAAGUUUUGCAGCUGCUGAAGAAAGAGCCAAUAAUUUCGGUGCUAAGUUUGUAAAGAAACUACCGAUCAAGGGAAACGGUAAGAAAGGAAAUGCGUCAGGGAAUGCUGUGAACAAAAAUGUAAAAAUGAAACCCAAUGAAAGUCUGACGGACUUGAAUGGCAAAUAUAAAGGACCGUUUAUCCACGUCAAGUCAGACGGCAGCCACACAGUAAUUAAUACUCCGACAAAUGAAGAUGACAUGGAGAGGGCCCAGAACAAGACUAAGAAAUUCACCAGCAGCAUGAACAACUCCGAGAAGAGCAAGAUUCGAGGACUACACGUAAGCACGUUAAGCACCAAAUACGAUGCGGACACUACGGACACUAGUUGGAUGUGCGUAUUCUGCAAGGUUGGUCCGCAUAAGACAAGACUCGGAGACCUAUUUGGGCCCUAUAUCAUCAGUACCAAGUCCAGUCAGUUUGAGCAAAGUCAAACUGAUGUUGACUACUUCAGUGUGAAGCGAACUAGAGAAAGUCUAGCUUCAAAGUUACUGACAAAGGUGGAGCCUUCUGCCACAGGGUCUCAGCCAAAGUCCAAGAAAAAGAAAAUUUCCGACCAGUCGGCAGUGAAUCGCGUCGCAGGUGAAACCCAACAACCACUAAGUACUACAUCGGUACAGUCAGAUAUGUUCCACGGUAUGAUCAAGGCGGGCGAUGAUUCCUACGAGGUUUGGAUGCACGAAGACUGUCUAGUUUGGGCUCCUGGGGUACACAUUAUUGGCACAAGAAUAGUAGGUCUAGAAGCAGCUAUCUGGAACUGUUGUCGACACCAGUGUCGAUUAUGUUCUCAACAAGGUGCGAUGGUAAGCUGUUUGCAUCAUGGUUGUAGUGAGGAAGCGCACGUAGUAUGUGCGCGAAGUAACAACUGGAUGCUAACGGACGAUUUCAAAUCGCAUUGCUCGCAGCACUCCAAGCUAACUGGCUCUUGAGUUGCUGGACAUGCAUGCUAGACAUAUGGUCUCCAUAUUGGCAUGACGUAACAUCGUUUUUAGUAUGCAGCUUAUCUUAUCAGUUUUUUGGAGUAUGAAGAAAAAUUCUCAUUUGCUCAGCUCAGAAUUUGUUUUAUUUUUCGAAAAGCUAUUUUUGGUUGUCUGAAAGAUAUUAAGGUGUGAUUCUUAUAGUUAACCGAACAUAAAGUCAAAAUUCGAUUUACAAUUGUACAUUUUAGCGUGUAUAUAUAGUGAGUUAGUGUAUGAUAUUUUAAAUUAAUUUUAAUAUAGAUAACUACGAACAUGAAGAUAUUUGGCGUGAUUGAUAAUGUACUUUUCAUGACAGUAUCUAUCUGGAGUAAUUGUGAAUGAAAUAAUUUAUUUGAUGACGCUAGAAACAUCUGGAAAUAAAAUUGAACAUAAUUUUGACGAUAAGAUACCUUAUUUUCUUUCGUAAAAAGAAGUAAAGGAAAAUAUAAAAUGGACACUGAACGAAACUAAUUAAUUUCUGGAGUGAAACGAAAACGAGUACACUACUUGUUAAAUGCAUGUGAUCUUAUAAAAUGAUAAAGCGAUGAAUCAAGAACAACUACGAUUGUGUGGUACUAUAUAAUAUGACAUAGUGUCUAUCCUGGAGUAAAAAUCUAUAUUAAAUCCUCGUAAAGUUUUAGUAAGCUCACUUAAAAGCAGCAAAUUAAUAAAAACAAAUGCAA